GGUUAUUUCUUUCUCGUUUCUAAAAACCUAACCCCUCCAAGGAGUCCAACAUGGAAGAGUUUAAAGAUGCAAGUCCACCUGAAAAGUUACUUGAUCACUUAAAGCUUUCUGAUGAAAAGUCUUCAGAGACUGGCCCUAAAGAUGCACAGAAUUCCCAAAACAUUGAAAGUGGAUGUACGCCAUCUUCAGCCAAAGACCCCACAACAGCAGAUGAGUGUUUUCAUGACUGUCAUGACUCCUUUGAGGCAAAAGCAGCUGGGCUGGAUGAUGAAGGGAACUUACAGAACGAUGAGAAUAGCUCAAGGAAGCAGACAGAACUAGAUGAAGAAUACUUACUAGAACUAGAAAAAGAUAUGCCCGAGGAAGAAAAACAGAAAAGAAGAAAGGAGAGCACAACGUUGAAGGAGAAAGGAAAUGAGCAGUUCAAGAAAGGAGACUAUGGAGAGGCAGAAGACUCUUACACGAAGGCUCUCCAGAUUUGUCCAGCCUGCUUCCAAAAAGAUAGGGCUGUUUUAUUUUCAAACAGAGCUGCUGCAAAAAUGAAACAGGACAAGACCGAAGCUGCCCUAAGUGACUGCAGCAAAGCAGUGGAAUUAGAUCCUAACUAUAUUAGAGCUUUGCUGAGGAGAGCAGAACUAUAUGAAAAAACAGAAAAACUAGAUGAAGCUCUGGAAGAUUAUAAGGCUGUCUUAGAAAAAGACCCAUCGGUUCAUCAAGCCAGAGAAGCUUGCAUGCGAUUACCUAGACAAAUUGAAGAGCGGAAUGAAAAAUUAAAGAAAGAAAUGUUAGGAAAACUGAAGGAUCUUGGGAAUUUGGUUCUCCGCCCCUUUGGCCUGUCAACAGAAAAUUUCCAGAUAAAACAGGAUUCAUCAACUGGUUCAUAUUCCAUCAAUUUUGUUCAAAAUCCGAACAACAAUAGAUAACAUGAAUUCAAUCUAGCUCUGCUGGCUUCCAGGCUUUGUGACCGUGUGCUUGCACCUACCAAUAAAAGGAUUCGGCAAACAUUCUUCACGCUCCCCAAGUGAAGAUAAGACUCGAGCAUAUUCAUUUCCCUGCUUGUGAAAUUAUUUGCAAUGUGGAUGUAAAGCAAGUCAUUUGACUUCUUAGUGAUAACUGUGUCUAUUGUGUGAUUUAUUUUUUUAUUUAUUUUUUUUUCUUCCCUUGCGGUGUUUGGGUUAUCCAACAGUCAGGUUCAUUAUUUUGGCCCAUUCAGUGCUGGCAACAAAAUUCUAGCCAGCAGGUCAGUUGAAUCAAAACGCUCACCCAGCUGUAGCCAAGCAUAAAGACAGACGGAGUCCUGGGGAACUAAUGAAUCUAGCAGAAGCACUUGCUCCACUCAGCAAGUUGAUGUGGCUGACAGCAAGUAUGGAAACAAGCCAACCUCGUCUGUGGUAUAUUUUUUCUUUGUAAUAAAGGCUGGUAUUUCUGUUGGUUUG